AAAUUGGGUCGAACGGUGCAUAUAUACCCUCAACUAAGUAUUUGCGUCCAAUGGGCUCUUAUUCAAUACAAUGACAAUCUGAUUUUAAACUUCCAACCUCAACAGCCAUUUGUUAGUUCAAGUGUCUCUAACGUGUGUGUGGGGAGUAGAUGUAUUACGAAAGUUAUAUUGACUUCCCAGUCUUUUCUAUAUAUCAUCUAGAUAAAGAAUUUUUAAAAACUGGACAGUCAUUAUGUUCUAAGACUCACACGUCAUAGAAGCAAAUCAUCACUAGCUCUAAUAUCAAUUUAUAAAAAUUUUUUCCCAUUACUAUUUAGUCUACUCUCAGUGUUGCAUUAUGUUCAAUUGUGUAUUAAUUAAGAGGAUAUUGAGGUAGCUAAAAAAAACUUCAGUGUUAUAAAAAAUUCAGUGUCAGUGCUGUGAAUUUAAAAGUAUAUUAAAAAUUUGUUUUCUUUUGUCAAAAUUUUUUUAUUAAAAAUGAUCACAAAGCAUAUAUGGAUGUUUCUCGUGAUACUAGUGAUUUUCAUUAGUUGUACAAAAUCGUCAGAAAAUUUUAAAUCAUUUAGUAAGAAAAAAUUACGAAUUUUGGGUGUUUUUCAUCAUCCAGGUAAAAGUCAUUUUGAUGUAUUUAAACCAUUAUUGGAAGAAUUGGCAAAAAGAGGUCACGAUAUAACAGUGGUAUCAUUUUUUCCACGAAAUAUUAAUGAUACAAGUGUUGAAUAUUUGUCAAAUUAUAAGGAUAUAAGUUUAAUUGGUUCAGUGAAUGUUUGGUUAAAUGUUGUCGAUUUAAAUAUGAUUAAUUAUUCAUUUUUAAAUCAUUUUUUGGAAUUAUUUAAACUUCGUGAAUGGGGUUUACAACAUUGUGAAGCAACACUUAAUUUACCUGAUGUACAAAAAUUAAUUCAUUCAAAUAAUGAAAAAUUUGAUUUAAUUUUAACGGAAAACUUUAAUAGUGAUUGCUUUUUAGGAUUUGUUUAUAAAUUUUCAACGCCAUUUAUUGCAUUAACAUCACAUCAAAUAAUGCCAUGGGGUUAUGAUCGAAUGGGUAGUCCCGAUAAUCCAAGUUAUAUAUCAAGUACAUUUUUGGGUUUAUCAUCGAAAAUGAAUUUUCAAGAACGUGUUAUUAAUACUAUUUUUACAAAUGUUGCAAAAUUAAUUUACAACACUGCAUAUCAAUGGUCAACGCAAAAAAUUGUUAACGAUGCAUUUGGUGUUAAUAUUCCGUCAUUGAAUGAAAUUGCCAGGCAGACGUCAGGCUAUUUACAUAAUACACAUUAUUCUCUACAUGGAUCAAAACCCACUGCUCCAAAUGUUGUGGAAAUUGGCGGUAUUCAUAUUGGAAAAGCAAAAUCAUUGCCUGAGGAUAUCAAAAGAUUUCUCGACGAUGCAAAUGAAGGUGCACUUUUGUUUAGUUGGGGAUCAAUGGUCAGGGCAUCUACAUUACCAAAAGAGAAACUAAUGGCAAUUCUUCAGGUGCUUAGCAAUAUACCGAGGAAAGUGAUCUGGAAAUGGGAAACUGAUCAACUUCCUGAGAAACCGAAGAAUGUUAUGAUUACAAAGUGGUUGCCUCAAUAUGACGUCAUGAAUCAUCCAAACGUGAAGGCAUAUCUGAGUCAUGGAGGACUUUUGGGUUUAACGGAAGGUGUUUAUGUUGGUUUACCAAUGGUUAUAGUUCCAAUGUAUGGAGAUCAGUUUCAUAAUGCAGCAGUGGCUGCUGCAAGGGGUGCUGCAGUUAUCGUGAGAUACGAUGAGCUUGACGAGAUAACCCUCAAGAGUGCUCUUGAUAAAGUGUUCAACGAUACUAGUUAUCAAGAGAAUGCCCGGGCACUGUCCAGGGCUUACAGAGACAGACCAGCAAGUCCCUUGGAAACAGCAGUCUGGUGGUCGGAAUUCAUCGCUAGGGGAAACGGACGUCGUUAUCUUCGAAGUGAAGGGGCGGAUUUACCAUGGUACCAAUAUUACCUUCUCGACGUUUUUCUGUUCCUCGCUGUCGUUCUCUUGACCGCUUUCUAUGUCACUUAUCGUUUAAUGAAAUUCCUCUUGUUUUUGUGCUGUUCCCGAAAAUCCAGCAAAACGAUUCACCCCAUCCACACCAAUGGAAAACAAAAGGAAAAAAGAAAGAAUGAAUAAAAUUGUCCCCCUUUUCCUUCAAAAGAAGUAAAUAAUUUUUUUUUUCAUUAUUACUUUUUUUUCCAAAUAUUUGAUUAUUAAUUAUUAUUAAUUACAGAGUUAAGUAAAUUGUAUUUAUUAAAUAUAUUUGGUUAAAAAUAAAUUUUUUUUUUUCUACAAAUAAAUAAGUUAUAAAGCAAAUGUUAAGAGUGGAAAUCCGUUCAAAAUGUUUAGAUAAUAAAUACCAAUUCUAUAGCUAUAUAUUGGGCCAAUAUUGGCAGGUUGAUUAUUGCUUUGGAGAUGACAAGCCAAGCUUUCAAUAAUAUUGACUCAAUACUAAUGACCUAGGUUUGAUCAAUAUUUCACAUUUGGUAUAGCAAUAGAGUUCAAUUAUCUAUUAUUAUUAUUAUUCUCACUAUUAUUAUUAUUAUUAUUAUUAUUAUUAUUAUU